GUGCCAGGCCUGCCAGGAAGGCUGUAGGGAGGGAGCCAGCUUUCUCUUGCUGCCCACACCUGGGCAGGGGCAGAGCCCAGCAGAGGAACAAGGUCCCCAGAGGCUCCUUCCUGACCAGCCCCAUCCCAGCCUACACCAUGUGACACGGAUGAGCCUGCUGACGCUGAGUCGCAGUGCCCGCGGCUCUGGCAGCAGCGGCUGGAGCCUCGGUCUGGCCAAGACAGCUCCACUGAGUCCCAGGGAGGAGCAGACAUGACCAGAACGGGCUGUCAGAAGUGAGAAAGUGCAGCUCCCCGGCAGCCCACAGGAUCUGCCCUCACUCUUGGCCCACGAUGGAACUGAGAGACAACAGACAACAUUCAGUGUCCCAGGAGGACAUGGCGUUCGACCUGACCAUCCUGUCACUCACUGAGCUCCUCAGCCUGGGUGGGUUGCUGGGCAACGCAGUAGUCCUCUGGCUACUCAGCCAGAAUGUCUACAGGAACCCCUUCUCCAUCUACCUCCUGGACGUGGCCUGCGCUGACCUCAUCUUCCUCAGCUGCCACAUGGUGGCCGUCAUCCCUGACCUGCUGCACGACCAACUGAACUUCCCCGAGUUCGUCCACGUCAGCCUGGCCAUGCUGCGUUUCUUCUGCUACAUCGUGGGCCUCAGCCUCCUAGCGGCCAUCAGCACGGAGCAAUGCCUGGCCACCCUCUUCCCCGCGUGGUACCUGUGCAGCCGGCCGCGCUACCUGACCACCUGCGUGUGUGCGCUCACCUGGGUGCUCUGCUUGCUGCUGGAGCUGCUGCUCAGCGGCGCCUGCACCCAGUUCUUCGGAGCACCCAGCCACCGCCUGUGCAGGACGCUGUGGCUGGUGGUGGCGGCCCUGCUGGCCGCCCUGUGCUGUGUCAUGUGUGUGACCAGCCUGCUGCUGCUGCUGCGAGUGGAACGCAGCCCGCAGAGGCCCCAACCCCGGGGUUUCCCUGCCCUGGUCCUGCUGGCCGUCCUCCUCUUCCUCUUCUGUGGCUUGCCCUUCGGCAUCUUCUGGCUGUCUAAGAGCUUGCACUGGCACAUCCCCCGCUAUUUUUACCAUUUCAGUUUCUUCAUGGCCGGCGUGCACAGUGCGGCCAAGCCGGCUAUCUACUUCUGCCUGGGCAGCACCCCCGGCCAGAGGCUGCAGGAGCCCUUCCGGCUGGUGCUCCAGCGGGCGCUGGGGGAUGAGGGCGAGCUGGGGGCUGUGAGAGAGGCUUCCCAGGGAGGCCUCGUGGACAUGACCGUCUAAGCCCUGUGCCUCACAACUGCAGCUCUGGCCCACGGAACCUGGGGGAGCCUGUGGUUAGGAAGGGUUGGGAUCAGAGCUGGAUCAGUGAGACCCUGGAGGGAGGUCUUUGUUGAGGACCUAGUCACAUGUUCCCUGCAAGGAUGCUGGGAAGGUCAGGCAGAGAGCUACAUCUCUGUGAAGGAAGCCAGGGAAUGUGCAUCUUAGGGAGAACCUUCCCCAGGCACAUGAUGUCAUGACAGCCACUGCCAAGGCCCCUCCCCAUGGUUACAGUGCCCUCAGAAAUGAGGUGGGUCAGUCACUGAUCAGGGGCAGGUAACUGUCUCCCCCCGCCCAUCAGCAUUCUCCUAGCUGUAGAAUGUGGGGUGACCUUCUUCAGCUAUCCAUACCCCUCUCUUUAGUGCAGGCUAAAAUGGUGAGGAUAUUAGAGGCUCAACUAGGUGUGAGGCUUGAGUGGCUCAGGGGCUCUCGAUGGCUGAAC